AUGCGCACCACUGCGUUAUGUAUUGUUUGUGGAUUAGGGCCUCAGUGUUUGUCCAAUAUUUACAAGCAUUUGAGAAGAACACAUGGCUGGAGCGAGGAACAGAUCGACCAGGAAAAAUUGCGCUUAAAUGGUGCAAGAGCACGCUUCUCUUGCAACCACUGUGAAAGAGUCUUCACGUCCAAGAGAAGUCUCAAGAAACAUAAGGAGUGUCCUAGAUUGUUGCGUAUCUUGAAGGUUGUGUGCCCGCAAUGUGAUCAACGAUUUCUUCGUCACCAGGAUCUGGCGAAACAUUGUGAAAGUUCGCAUUGUGAUGAGAAUACAGAUUCGUCUUACUUUUCAAUAUUCAACGGGACUUUCGACUCCGUAGAAGAGUUCAGAGGCAGAAGCGUCUCUUGA